AUGGUUUCGACUCGUCUCUCUAUUCUGGCUUUGGCUCUGAUUGGAGCUGUUUUGGCGCGCCCACAAUUUCCAGGUGGUCCACCACCAGGCAUGAGUCCAGUCCCUCCACCAAUCGCCGCAGUUCUCCCACCAGAGACACUCGCUCGGCUUGAAGCCAUCCAUGCCGAUUCAUCCCUCUCCGAAUUGGACAAGCACAAGGCCAUCGAUGAGAUUAUGGUGAACCUCCCAGAUGAGGUUGCCGAUCGUAUCCCACCACCACCAGGAUUCGCUCAACUUCCAGCUGAUGUUCAAUCUCAAUUGAAGACCAUCCAUAGGGACAAGAGCCUCGACUUCCAGGCUAGACAAGCCGCAAUCAGAGGAGUCUUGGACAACUUGGCUCCAGAAUACAAGCGUCUUCUUCCACCACCACCACCAGGAUUCCCACAACAUCGUCAGUAA